AUGGCACCAGUUGCACCACAACCUGUACUUCCUGAGAGUAGGAGCUAUCAGAAACUAAUAGAAAAACUUAUUUACCUCGCUAUUACUAGGCCAGACAUAUGUUUUGCAAUUCAAGUUCUAAGUCAAUUCUUGCAACAUCCAAAGCAAUCACAUUUCGAUGCUGCAUUGAGAGUUGUGAGAUACAUUAAAGGUUCACCAGGGAUGGGAAUAUUAUUGAAGAAAGGGUCACUGGAGAAAGUCACAGCCUAUUGUGAUUCAGACUGGGCUACUUGUCCAAACACAAGGAGAUCUGUGACUGGAUAUGUGAUAAAACUAGGAAACUCUUUGAUCUCGUGGAAAUUCAAGAAACAAUAA